AUGGACUCGGCAUACAAUGAGCAUCUCCUGACUAUCGGCCAAUUGCAGGAAGAUAUCAAGGCUUUGAAACGCCAACUGGCGCAGAAGGAUGCGGAGUUAUUGGCGAAGGAUAAGAUGAUCGCGGGUCUUAAGUCCGACCUCGAUGACUACGAGUCACAACAGCGAGAGCGCGCCUUCAAAACGCAGCACAUAGCCAACGAAGAGAUUGAAAGGCUCAAGGAGACCAUCCGUACCCUGAAGCGAGAAAAGGCAGAGCUGUCGGCCUCUCGUUUUACCUCCAAGAAACGUCGCAUCGUAGCUCACACCGGCUCCCCCCUCACCCUCUCACCCAUCCGUGUUCCACCAAAGCCAGCCAAACUCACCACCGUUUCCACUCCCAAUGCUGUCUUCCACCGUAGCGGUGGGGGCGGUGCCGCCGCCAAGGAAGCCGGUGAUAGUACUGCCUCCCCUACUCCGCCUCACAGCCCCGACACGAGCGGUGGUGCCGCAGUUGACUUGCCAUCGACCUCCGGCACUCCUCCGACGCUUUUGACUACCACCACUGGUGAGGAGAAGGCGGGGGCUGGGUAUGGCUCUUCCGCUCCGUCUUCGGCGCAUUCAUCAGUACCCCCGUCGCCUGGUUCACUGCCAACAAACGGACCGAGUAAAACGGUGCUGGCGGAAACGGGAGAACUGGAGUGUGCUAUUCGGAGAGACUUGUUGGGCAGAGGUAGCAGUAGUGAUAGUAGCGAUGAAGAAGCGACAGCGGCGGUGUCACAAAUUUUUUUGUACUCCGUGCUGAUACUUAUCCGAAGGGAACAAUAUACGCCCUGGUUGCGUAAGGCGUCGUGGGGUUCUUUGCGCCAGGUCGGGGUUUUGGACCCCGCGGGGUGGCUGCGGCGCAUUCGACGUCGGCAUUGGGGUGACUAG